UACCGCGUCACAUAUGAACCCGGAAGUGAACGUCAUGUGGCAACGAAAGUACGUAUGUUGUUAGUUCCCUGAAAAUGGUGUACGUGUCGAACGGUCAAGUUCUGGACAGCCGGAGCCAGUCACCAUGGCGACUGUCUUUAGUGGUUGACCUCUUCUGGGGAGCUGUGGAGUUUUUUGGCCUGUUUUUUAAAACAAUAAUUGACCCAGACCUGACAAAAGAUGGACAUAGUAGCUCAUCACGGUUUUCUGAUGGCAGAGGUCCUCCAGGUCCCCCUGGGGGCCGAAGGCGGUUUGGAAGAAUAAACGUUGGUGGUGGGCCCACUCCUCCUCCAAUGGGGGGAGGAGGAUGAGGAAGGUGA